GGGAGGAAGAAGGAGAUCGCGGAGCGGAGGAGGCGGAAGCGCCUGGGCUGCUCCUCGCGGAAGUCGCUGCUGCUGCCCUGCCCUCGCAUGGCGGCCGCUGGGCGCCGCUGGCCGCGAUCUUCGGGACUGGCCGUGACGCCGGAGAGAGGCAUCCGCGAGGGAGAGCCCCGGGAGGCGUAAGGUGGGCCAGGCCGCCGCUUCCCGUCGCGUUUCCUCUCCGUCUUCUGCUGGAUCGGUGACCGCGGAGCUGAUGGGGAAAUACUUCCUGACCCUGAGCGUCCUCAAGGGGCCUUGGGACCAAGUCUUCGCCGCCUUCUGGCAGCGCUAUCCGAACCCCUACAGCAAACAUGUCCUGACAGAAGACAUUUUACACCGAGAGGUGACAGAAGACCAGAAGCUGCUUUCCAGGCGGCUCCUCACCAAGACCAACAGGAUGCCUCGCUGGGCAGAGCGCUUCUUUCCAUCCAAUGUUUCCCACUCUGUCUACAUCCUCGAAGAUUCCAUUGUGGACCCACAGAACCGAACCAUGACCACAUUCACCUGGAACAUUAAUCACGCGCGUCUUAUGGUGGUGGAGGAGCGGUGUGUUUACAGAGAGAACCCUGAAAACAGUAGCUGGACAGAAGUCCAGCGGGAAGCUUGGGUUUCCUCCACUCUGUUUGGUGUCUCGCGUGCUGUCCAGGAGUUUGGCUUGGCCAGGUUCAAAAGCAAUGUGACCAAAAGUACCAAAGGAUUUGAGUACGUGCUGGCCAAAAUGCAAGGUGAAGCACCAUCCAAAACCUUGGUGGAAACUGCAAAGGAGGCAACCGAGAAGGCCAAGGAGACUGCCUUGGCAGCAACUGAGAAAGCAAAGGACUUGGCUAGCAAGGCAGCUACUAAAAAGAAGCAGCAAUAUGUUUGAAAAACAACAAUAGUUUUCCUGCUGUGGGGAAUAGAAUGCAACAAAAUAAUACUGGAAGGCUUACCUGUCUGUAACUAAGCUUCUCUUCCCUUGGGAAGCAUGUCUCUGGCUUUUGUGUUUUUUUAAAUUGCAACUAUACAAAUCUGACAAUCAUCUUCUUUCUAAAAGGUGUAAUUAUCAUUAAAAGAAUAGACUUCAAGUUAA